AUGAAGGGUUACAUGUCUGAUAGAGGUAUGGAUAAGAAAAAAUGUUCGAUCAGUGGAAAUAGCGGUUCACAGUCGGAAAGGGAUGCAGUCUUAAUAGUCCAGAUUUACGGUGGGGUUCCAGGUUCCAUUCUUCAACUGAUUUGCAGAGACGACUCUUUCCCUUUUUAUCCAAAUCGGUGGUCUGUUCUUGAAAGAAACAAAGAUGAAGAGGGAAAAAGAUGUUUUACAGGGGACACGAAGAAGAAGAUGGAUGGUUACCCCAACAUAUUCUCUAUUGAACUUCAUCGCGGAGGGAGUUUCACAAAGUUUCCAAAUAUCAGGUAUAUUAAUGGCCAAGUAAGGUACUUUGAUGUUGUCGACAUUGAUGAAUUUUUUGUUCAUGAACUAGACUUGAUGAUGAGAGAAUUAGGGUAUGAUAGUACUGAAAUCAUGUAUUACCAUUUCCGUUUGCCUAAUGAAGGAUUUGACUUUGGACUCUGA